AUGGCGAGCAAUAACAAAUACUCACCUAAUUCACAACAGUUUUCAACUGGAUUUAUAAAUUUUAUGAAGGGUAACUAUAUCGAGUCACCGGAGCCGCCGUUGUCACCGGAGAAAGUUACCCCACACCGAAACUCUAAAAUAAUGAAUGAAUAUAUGGACCUAAAAGAAAACCAGAAUCAGUUCUGGGACAAGAAUGUUGACAAAAAAUACAAAUUACUGUCAAUAAUCGGACAAGGAAGUUACGGUGUAGUGAGAAAAGCACAAAAUAUACUUUAUCAAAAUAUAGUUGCUAUCAAAGAACUUCUUUAUCACAAUACAACAGAAGGAUUUCCGAUCACUGCUUUAAGAGAAGUUCGAAUAUUACAAAAAUUAAGACAUGAAAAUAUCGUCAGAUUGAUUGAAAUUUGUUAUAAUGAAGCGAAAGAAGAAAAUAAUUAUCGAUCAAAAUUUUAUUUGAUACUUGAAUUCUGUGAAUAUGAUCUAGCUAGGUUACUAAAUGCUAAAUAUGUACAAUUUGACCUAUCCGAGAUUAAAGAACUUAUCCGUCAAUUGCUCAAUGGUCUGCACUACAUGCACACAAAUAAGAUUUUACACCGUGACUUGAAAACAUCAAAUAUAUUGGUUACAAACGAAGGAAUUCUGAAAAUAGCAGACUUUGGUCUAUCCCGUUCAUUUAGUAUACCAACAAAAGAUAAGCCCAAUAAAUAUACUAAUCGUGUAGUAACACUCUGGUAUCGCGCUCCUGAGUUACUGCUUGGUGAACGUAAUUACGGACCGGCUAUAGAUAUGUGGGGAGCUGGAUGCAUUAUGGCUGAAUUUUGGACUCGUUGUCCAAUAAUGCGGGGUUCUUCGGAGGCACAUCAAUUAAAAUGUAUAUCAUUUAUACGUGGGAAAAUAACCCCAGAAGUUUGGCCAAAGGUUGUGAACUACGAUAUAUAUAAAAAUAUAGUACUCCCAGAAAAUUAUAAAGUUUCAGGAACGGAAUGGAAGCACAUUAUGCAUUGUAUUUCCAACGUGCAUGGAUGCGAUCUUCUUGAAAAAUUACUUCAUCUAGACCCGGAAAAGAGAUGUGAUGCCAACACAGCUUUAGACCAUGACUUUUUCUGGACAGAUCCCAUGCCAACUAAUUUAUCAAAUACCAUGUCAAAAAUUCACAUAACAUAUAAUUAUGAGUGCAGUAUCACUCAACGUGUUCACAAAAAUCAACCAAUCGGCAAACCUCGUGUGUCAAUACACGAUGAACAACACUCAGAACUUUUAAAAAUUGCUCAGUAUGUUUUUGCAAUACCAGCCCACAAUGCUAACGUCGAACGUGUAUUUUCUUUAAUGGAAAUACAAUGGACUGACGAACGAAAUCGUCUUCAGCUUGAUACCGUGGAAAGUAUUAUAAUGUGCAAGUACAAUUAUAAAAAGACUUGUUCCGAAUUUUACGAGUAUGUUAAAACACAGCCAUCUUUACUUACAUCGGUUAAAUCAUCUAAGAAAUAUGAAUGGUACAAAGAAAAUGAGACAGAAGAGCCCAGCCACCCCGGCCCAAGUACAAGUAAAUAA